GCAAACAGCUCUGCAAGUGACAUGUUAUCAAGAUGAAGCUCAAGAAGACCCUUGUCGUGUUAUCAUCUUCUGGUCUCUAAAGGUCAGGCCUUUUGUUUAUGUGUGUCCACGUGUGUCAAAGCUCACCUAAGAGUGCUAAGAUCUCAGCUGAUCCCACAUGUUCAACCUGGGAAUCAGGGGAUUUUCAGCUGGAUUCCUCCACCCAGGCUCACUUCCAGCAGGCAGGAAUGAUACACAGUGUACAAGCAGGUGUCAGAUGUCGCUGCAGAGUCAUUGUGCGGUGACAACACCAGUCAGAAAUAGCAACAGAACAUCUAUAAGAGCCAGAACCGGCCCAGGCAGGCGGUACAAAGAGAGCACAGCGCUGAACAGACAGGUGGACAAGAUGCCGUUCUGCACCGUUGUGGAGAAGUGUAACGGAGUGGUGGUGGGAGCUGAGCUGGCCUGCAGUAUCAGGGAGGAGAACAAGGCUCAGAGGGAGAGCUACACGGCAGACUGGACCAGCAUCAGUGUCAAGUCUCGACCUGAAGACAGGCAGGCGAUGAUGAUGAACGACGACUCACGGAGGGAGACUCUGGCCCGCCAGUGGUGGUGCCGCUCUCUGAUCCAGACCUGCCCCUCUGGAGUCUUCAGAGUGGGAACCUUGGAGAGCGGAGUGAUGGAACACCAGCUGCUGCCCAAGAGAAGCAGCCUCCCGCUGCCCAUCUUCACCCCUGCAGAGCUGGGAGUGAGGCUGGGACGGGGCGAGCCGCACGCCGAGGAGGACCUGCAGCCGUUCCAGCCUGCAGACGGAAUCUGUCCCACCAAGAGGACGGUGGACGAGAUCACCAAAGACCUUCCUCCUCUCAAGCCCACGCUCAUGGAGUUCGCCAAGGCUCCCAAAUUUCUCGGGCGCUCCAUGUCACAGGAGGCCCAGAGAGGCUGAAGAGGACCGUGAGCUCUUGUUGUUUUUCUUGUCUUUCGACGUUCAUCAUCCACUAUUUACAGAAUAGCUCUGUAGCGCCAUCUGGGCUAAAUAGCGAGAACAUCCAUCUGAUGUUGGCAGUUCUUCACAGUGUGACUUAAAAUAGUAGCAACCAUCAUAUUUAAAUGCUGGAAGACUCUCGGAGUCCGACAAGGCUGCAAAGAGAAGAGACAGGAAGGAGGACGUCGAAUGUGCGCGAGACUCAGCGGAGCUGUGAUGUGAAUGAGUGUGAGAACGUGACAAAAAUAGACAUAUCAGAUCAGUCCCCAGUGAUGAUGUUGAAAUGUGAUGAUGUCAAAUAUGUUCCGAGAUAUUUAUUUUUCAUAAUAAAACAGAGCUUCGGUUCA